AUGGUUGCGGCGGCCGCUGGCCAGCCUUCAGGGGAGGCAAGUCAGCAGACUUAUGCUAGCUUACUACGAUCAUCAACGGAGGAAAGAAGACCCGUAUCACUAAAACCUCUAACGUAUCUCCACGGAGAGCCACGAGUCAUAUGGGAUCAAUCGGAGGUGGAGCAGAUAAUAGUGAACGAGAAUCUUCAAUAUGUUGUUGUUGGAAAGUUCUCACAUAGAUGGUCUGACAUUCAAGAACUACGCAGGUUAAUACCUAAACAAUGUGAACUGAAAGGAGAGUGCAAUAGAGGAUUGUUGACGAACAGAUAUGUCCUGAUUAGGGCGACAUUAAUGGAGGAUUACAUCAAUCUGUUGUCAAAACCGAUAUUUUACAUAGCCCAACAAAAUUGGUCAUACCCAAUGAGAACAUUGAAAUGGGAUCCGAUGUUUGACCCGGAGGAAGAAACAUCUACUACUAUAGCAUGGAUCUCUUUUCCAUCUCUUCCACCAAACUUCUUUGGCAAUGAAACAUUAUUUUCGAUGGCAGCAGCAGUCGGAAAGCCGCUACAGGUGGAUAUGGCGAUGAAAAAUAAAACUAGACCGAGUUGUGCCCGUGUAAAGGUGGAGGUGGAUUUACUAAGUGAAUUACCAAAGAGAAUAAGUAUAGGCAUGAGACAGCCCAACGGAAAUGUACAAGAAAAGUGGAUCAAGAUUAAGUAUGAUUACAUACCCAAAUAUUGUACAACGUGCAUGAUACAGGGACAUGAUGAGAAACAAUGUUAUGUUAAUCAUCCAGAUUUACACCCUGCUAGACAAAAGGAAAAGACUAUGGAAAUAGAGAAAUGGCAAGAAAAAAGGGGUCAUGUGAAGAAGAAGACAAAUCAGGUCUGGAACAAAGUGGGGGUCACAACCACAAACAAAUAUGAUGCAUUUCAGGAGAAGGAUGAAGACUACGUGGAUACGGAACAACAGGAGAACAUCAAGAGGUACGGAUCACGGAUGGGCCAACGAAGGAACAAACACAUCACCAAGGAAGUAGAUGAGGAUGAAGGGCUGAAUGAGAACAUAAAUUACAUCAAUGAAGUAGGGGAUUUAUCGCCAAGACAUGUGGACGGUUUAAAGAAGGGCAUCAGAAAAGGAAAAUACAUUAUACCGCUGCAAGUCAGAACAAGGAGCAAUAAGGAAAGCAUAUUAGCGAUUGAUCAAUGA